AUGCUUCCCAGGACUAUUGAUCUCAUUCUCCUGCUUCUCCUGGCAUCCAAUGUUCAAGCCUCCAGUACAUUCCACACAAAUUGCACGCUCCCACCCCAACACACCAGUUUUGUGUCAGCCCCAAACACCCGUGGCACAUUGCAAAUCCUUUGGUCGUCCCUAUUCACCAUCCUUGCCUGCACUUGGACUGUGCUUCAUCUCAAUGUCCCUGAGUAUGUACCGAAACCGGAAAUAAAGGACUUCAAAAAAUGGCUCAAAUGGAUGGUGGACAAGUAUCAACAUCCAGCCAAGUGGUUCCUCCUUACCGUGCUUGCACCAGAGAUUCCUUUUGCCAAAUACUGGGAUGAUCAGGUCCGGGGGCAUUCACUGUUUUACCACUAUGAAACAGUUUUCAGGAAGAAGAACUGGACGAGGACUCAUGUCCUCUUCGCCAAUAUGGGAGGGUUUGCGCUGCGGUGCACUCCCGAUCUCGAGGAGAGCAGCCCCGGUUCGAAGAACGAGAAAGCGACUACGGAAGAUCAAGACGACUACCAGACCAGUACGAGCCCCCCUGUAGAAGAUGAUACCUCUCUGAUGGGGGGGCCUAGCACGUUGAAACCAAUGACUUCGGCAUCAUGCUGCGGGAAGCCAGAAAAGCAAAUACCAUCUACACUCAUCGGGGAUCCCGCGAAAAAGUUCGAAGAAGUCUUCUAUCUGACAGCCAUCGAAGCCUUAAAACUUCUUUGCAGUACAGAAACAUCUAUACCAGGGCUAGAAAACGUAUCGGAGGAGGAAAUCAAUGCUCGUUCGAAAUCGGAUAUGUUCAUGCGACUCCUUGCCGUGGGUCAAAUUGUCUGGGUGGUUAUUCAGAUUAUAUCGCGGUGGGCCUAUGGCCUGGCCGUGACCCAGCUGGAGGUUACAGUUGUUGCUUUUGCCUUCUGUGCGGUGGGAAUGUACACUGUUAACCAUGGGAAGCCUAAAGGAGUUGAGCUGCCGAUUCUCUUCGAAUAUCCUGGAUCGACCAAAGUGCUUACAGCGGAGAUGAUAUUGACAAACCCUUCGGAUACAUUCACAGCAAUUGUACAAAUGGUACGAGCAACGCUCAAAUCUAGCCGGGACUCGGGUGAUCCAAUUGGCAAUGGAUUCGUUGACGAAUCAGAAGACCCGAGCAAGUUGAGCAAUAUUUCCACUGACUUGUGGAUGUUCAUCGGCAGUAUGAUCUUUGGGGGCAUCCAUCUCAUAGCCUGGGAUUUUCAAUUCCCCACCACAGUGGAGAAAUAUCUCUGGUGGGCGGCGUCAUUGUGGUGUACUGCUUGUACGAUCAAACUUGCGGAUAUAGCCCUAGUUGUUCUUUGUUUGUCCUAUGGAUUUGUAGCGCUUGUCCUCUCUGUAUUGCUUAUGGCCUUGGGGUUUGUUGGUAUUCUUGCCUAUAUUGUGGCAAGAUUGUUCAUUGUUGUUGAGAUGUUUAGGACAUUGGUCUUUCUUCCGCCGGACGCUUAUAUUGCUACUUGGUCAUCGGAAAUUCCUAAUAUCGGUUGA